AUGGCUCAGAGAGCUUGCACAUUAUUUAGAAUACUACAAGUCAAGGAUGAAAAUCAGAAAAUCAAGCUCAACUCUCUUCAGCUGAGCAACCAACUAAUCUCAUCUGUCCCCUCCUCCCCACACGUACACAGAACAAGGUGUCCGUACGUAACCAUCAACCGCCCACCUUCCCCCUGCCACCCUGGAGAGUAUGUGUUAUCCUACAGGAUCAGUUAUCCGGACACCGCCAAUUUUGGAGUAUCGUCCUCUCAGAGUAUCAGUGUACAACGUAGACAACUUGGCCUGGUGGUCAACCAGCAACCCCUACUCGGUAACACCACCUUUAUUCUCUACCCCUAUCCCAGUGUGAGCCUUGUGGACAUGAGCAGUGGCAGUGUUGUUGAGGAGAGAGGAUGGAGGAACAACAAUUGGACUGUCGUUGCUAGUAUCAGAACAGAUGCCGAUCGUGGCAAAGAAGUCGGGAGAUAUGAAGAAACCAUCGAAGGAACUUACGCUGUUUUCAGAGACAUUGAGAUAAAAUCUGCUGGCGAUUACGUGCUUUUGUUUGAAGCGUAUGCCGAACCUGCAGAAGCUGAUCUAAGGUCGUCAACUGUGUACUCUGACCUCUUCACUAUUACCCAGCGUCAAAUCACAAAGUUAGAUAUCACUUAUGAUGUAGAUUUCAACACGACCAUUGGAGAUCAAAAAGAUGCAUUCAGCACUGCAUUCCAGGUCAAAUUCCGAUCUUCUUAUCCUCAAGUUGAGAUUAUUAACGUGACCCUCACAGAAGGUAGCAUCAUUGUUGGUGUGACAGUAACAGCAGUGAACCCAGUACAACUAUCCUCUCUUAUCGCACACUCCACCGCAAGCUCUAAUUUUGAAAAUCUCCAGUUUAUUUUCAACGGUACAACAUUGACACCGUUUAACGUGACUCAAGACCCAGCGUUUCCAGUGGUGAUCCCAACACUACCACCAAGCAUCCUUGAAGAACAUUUUGUACUCAUACUAGCCAUUGUGAUACCUGGUGUGGUGCUCAUUGUGUCAUUCUUAUUUAUGCUGGUCGUCUGUUGCUGUGUGUGUCAUCACAAGAAGAACAGGAAAUCACUUAAGCUGGAUAUUUAACUAGCUGGUACGCAUCCUAUCAUCAAUUAUAGCUGUUGCAACAAGGUGUCCUCACAUGAUUCAGAGAAACGAUACGUAACCAACAACCGCCCACCUUCCCCCGGCUCUGUCACUGACUACUAUCUCCUCCCAGACAGAAAUGGAAAAGAUGUCGACACCCAAUCCUUCGAAUCCCACGAGCUCAACUCUCUGGCCUCUACUCCAGUUAGUCAGAGGAAGACAAACGUCCUAGUCUCUAAGAGUGUGGAUGUCAAAGUCAGAGCAAAAUCUAUCAAGACUCCGGACGUGUUCUUCGCCAAUCCCAGCGCAGAGGAGGCACUAAAGGAUGAGAAGUUGGAGACACUAGAUACCAAUUUUGAUGAAGUGGUUCAUUUGCCAACCACUAGCCAAAAUAUCUACUCCACUAAUACCAGCGGCAGUACCAACAACAAUACUGGUAAGUUAAUAAUCUCAUCUCUCCUUUGUUUCCAAUACAUGUACCUUUGAAAGCUGUUCGUAUUAAUACAGUAUCUAGUACAAUGUAUCAGCAGCUACUAUAAUUAUAUAUAUCCCACCCUCUUACUGUAUUAUAGCAUGCUCAACUAACCCCCCCCCCCCACUCACACACACACACACACACACACACACACACACACACCUUGACUGAUGCCUAGGCUAAUUCUACCAUAGAUUGAAAAGGAAGGGGAUUGGAAACGACCAGGCCCCCCUGUGUAAAAGGUUGAAACACUCCGCGUUAUAUUUCACGCUCGCAAAUAUUUUCGUGGUUGAUCGUUUUGUGUUGUAUUUUAACUGUUUCUAGCUCUCCUAUCCACUAGCGAUCACUCAGGGGCUGGGAGGUACUCUAGAGAAGUAAGUUUAUACCACUGACAAGCUCUGAGUCCGUUGUCUUUACUCUGUUUCCAAUUUUUGUUGAGUUAAGCUUGAAUUACUCUAUGUCAACUUUUCUCUUUCCCUGCUGUGAAGUCAAAACAGCAAAGUACAUUGCUUGACUUGGUUAUUAUGUAUCUAAGUGCUACAUAGAAUGGCUUCAUGCUAUGGAUAAGCUGUACUGUUCAUAAACGUUUGCAGUAUAGUCCUUCAAACUGCUUUAGUGUACUUUCAGUAUACUUUUAGACACACCACGGGCCUUGACCUCCCACGACUUCAUAGUAAGGGCUAUUCCUUCUUUUAUAGCAUUUAUUUGUUUAGUGAUAGUGGCUGCGUGGCUUAGUCGACUUUUUAGAGCUAGAUUCUCUUUACUUUUUAGAAAAAUCAACAUUAAAAGUGAUCAAUUUCACUGUUUCUAUGCACAGCACAUUGUAGAGCAGUCAAGACAGGUAAUGAGCAUGCUGACUAUAAAAACAAUCCUUUGUAGUUUUAGCCACACCCUAUAACGCGGAGUGUUUCACGCAAACAUUUUCGUUUCCAAUCCCCUUCCUUUUCAAUCUAUGAUUCUACACACACAGUGUCAACACUAAUUAGGCCUACCACAAUAACUAGAUAAGACCCUAGGUUAUUUCCCCCUAAAAUACCACAACCCAAUAGGCACAUGACCCUAAGAACCUCUAAAUAACAAAGCCAAGUAAACUACAGCAACCCACUCCAAAGAACAUAAGAUAAGUCCCAAAACCAGUACUGUAAUUGAAUAGCUAAGCAUACCCAAGAUGUAAUAACUAUACAUAAUUAUUGUAACUAUGUAUAUAUAGAUAUUUACUGUGGAUGCAUGAACAAGAUAAACCAUUGAAAAGCUAAGCAUACCCAAUGUGUAUACAUAAUAAUAAGCUGUGUAACAUACUAAGUUGUGUACAAGUAUCUAUACUUAUAUAUAAGACUGUGGAUGCAUUGAACGAGUGGAGAGAGUUGGUACCAUCAAAGAUCUUUAAUCCCCAUUCCCGAAUCUCAAGGUCGGGCGUUCAAGUGCUCCUUUGGUGUUAUCUUAGCUCGUAUUUAACUAAAAACUGCUUAUAAUUAUUAUAAGGUAACCCAUUAACAAAAGUAAGAAGUACAAUACAUAUCCCGUUAACAAAAUGGAUACAUAUAGCUAUUUAAGAUGUGGAUACAUAGCGACGUUUAAAGUAAGAUGUGGAUACAUAGCUACUCAUAAAGUAAGACAAUUAUGGACACACAGUUACUAAGGUGUGGAUAUACACAGUUACGUAUAAAUAUUACCACCAUACACCCACACAUUAUACACUGUACCCAAAAUCACCACUGCGCCCACGUAAAAAAUUAACAUAUCAACCUCAACAACACAAAAAUAGAUUAACAGUACAUGUAACAGUACAUGGUGUGCUCCAUGUAUCUGAACAUUAGUAAUAAUCACAUUAUAUACAUGUAUACAUCCUGUCCUCUACAUGUCAUAAUUAUGACCUACAUGUAGCUAGUAGCCAUAAAAACAGUUAGUCCAUCCCAAAUCAAACUACCUGAAGAAAAAUGGCAAGCAAAGCACUGUAAGUCAAAUAUUGCAACCCGUGUAACAUUAUAACAAUUAUAAUUAUUAUAAUAAUUACAGCUUAUAAUAAUACAACAGAGAUAGGAUUCCUUUAAAUUCAUGUAAACUAAAUUGAGCAUUCCGUGUUGAGUGUACGGUAAGAUGGCGGCCGAAAAGCCAACAUCCCCCAACUAUACCUUUUGUAUACUUUCUCAAAAAACACACACACACACACACACACACACACACACACACACAGUGGCUAAUAUAGCAGGACUCCCUCUGCUGCCACUGUUGCCCACAGCCUGCUCCCACCCCCCUCAGCCACACCCUCACAGUCCUCUGAGAGUACAAAGGUCAAGAAGUACGAGAGCAUGAAGGUGGAGGACAUUGAGAACUAAAUCACUGACACUUGCAAAAAAAACAUUAGUAGUGUACUCUAUUUAUUCUUGUAUGAAAGAGCAAUGUUGUUUUGUCGUAGUGAUUAUCUUUAGAAUUCGAUAGUCUAUAUAGCUAUUAAUUAUACGUGUUUUUCAACGUACUCAACUCUAUAUAAUUAA